GGGCGGGGGGCGGUUCCGGGACAGGAGUAUGGGGGUGGGGAGCGCAUCCGCAAAAUGUUUCUGAGAGACUCCGCUGAACCGGUGGUUUCUCCCACAUCAUUCCAGCCAGCUGCGUCUCUUCGGUGUCCGCGCGUGUGCGUGCGGUGAUUGACAGCCGGCAGGCCAAUCGCCUUGUCCUCCCUCGCUUGGGGCGUUGCUCAUUUUCGGCCGUUCGCGAGUUCUGGCCUGCGCGGUUACCCCUGUGGACCGGCUUCCUCUUUUCAGGUAGGAGCAAACCAAAGUGCCCAGACUGCGGAGGGGCGGGGAAGAGGAGACCAGAAGGAAACUGCGGGGUUCCCUGACCCCCUGGAGUGCCCGAGGCCGAAUUCGUGAACUCUGAAAAUCGAUUCGGAGCCUGCGGGGCACAGCCCCACGGCUUCCUUGAGGAAUUCCAACCGAUUUGGCCUGGAGGUCCUGAGGAGGUGAUCUGGUCGUCCCAGAUCCCUGAAGGUCCGAUCUAAAUGCACUCCGAUUUGUGCCAUCCGAUUGACAAGUCUUAGGACUUUCCAGCUUCUUUUUCUCAGAAGCAAGUUCCAAACACUUUGCAACAAGCAUACUCACUUCAGAUUCAUUGUGAUGCUCUAGCCUAUGGUGUUCCAGUAAUGAAGCUAAAAUGUGGAUGUUUUUCUAUUGAAUGCCAAUGCAGUGCCCUUUUACAAUAAACUGUACCAGAAUCACUGCCCUUCACAUUAUAGUCCUGCAGUGAAGAAGACAUGUCUUCCAAUGAAAAGAAUACUGAACACACAAACCUUGUACUAAGAAUAAGUCAGUUGGAUGCCCUGGAACUAAACAAAGCCCUGGAACAAUUAGUUUGGUCCCAGUUUACUCAUUGUUUUCAUGGAUUUAAGCCAGGUCUGUUAGCCCGACUUGAACCCGAGGUAAAAGCAUUUUUGUGGCUUUUCUUAUGGAGAUUCACCAUUUACUCCAAGAAUGCCACUGUUGGACAGUCAAUCAUGAAUAUCCAAUACAAGAAUAAUUAUUCUCAAACACAAAAAUAUCAGCCACUAAGUAAAAAUCAAAAGUUAUGGUAUGCUAUUUGCACAGUUGGAGGAAGAUGGUUAGAAGAAAGAUGUUAUGAUUUAUUCCGCAACCACCAUUUAGCAUCAUUCUAUAAAAUCAAACAGUGCACCAAUCUUAUUGUUGGACUUUUGAAAUUAAGUAGUUUGGUAAAUUUCCUUAUUUUCCUUCAAAAAGGAAAGUUUGCUACAUUGACAGAGCGUCUCUUGGGUAUUCGAUCUGUAUUUUGCAAACCCCAAAAUAUUCGAGAAGUUGGUUUUGAAUACAUGAAUAGGGAACUUCUGUGGCAUGGUUUCGCAGAAUUUCUGAUCUUUCUUUUACCACUUAUUAAUAUCCAGAAAUUGAAAGCCAAGUUGUCAUCUUGGUGUAUCCCUUUCACUGGUGUUCCUAACAGUGAUGUUACAUUAGCCACCCAUGGCAAAGAAUGUUCCCUUUGUGGAGAGUGGCCCACUAUGCCUCAUACUAUUGGUUGUGUACAUGUAUUUUGUUAUUAUUGUGUUAAAAGUAGCUAUUUAUUUGAUAUGUACUUCACUUGUCCUAAGUGUGGCACAGAGGUACAGAAUCUGCAGCCACUGAAGUCAGGAAUUGAAAUGUCAGAAGUGAAUGCUCCUUAGAAAUGGAAGCCACCUUCUUUAAACAAAUAAGUAAAACCUUAAAGAUGCCUGUCUGAAUUGUUAUUUCAAGUCUCUAUAAAGACAUGGUUAGGACACUAAUCUCUAGAAGCUAUAUUAUAUCAAAUUUAUUAUGUAAAUUCUCCUAUAUCUUGAUAAUAAAAAUAUCAUCAAUUUGAACUGACCAAUUUUUAGAUUUUUUGAAAAUAGUUAUCAUUAGAACUAAGAAUUGGGGGGUGGGGGGGGGGCUUUUGUCCAAAGUUUUAAUAAUGGCUACUUGCUUAAUUCUCCUGAAUAACAACUCCUGAGAAUGUUCUUUCCUGGAAAGAAACUGAACUAUAAAAUAUUGUUUUAAUUAUUUUACCUUAAUACCAUAUGAAAAACUUUAUAAUAUCUUUUUUUGUCAUGGAUCAUAUAAUAGAAAUAGAUAGAACUUUCCAGAUCCCAGUACCACAGAUAGAAUGGUUCUCAGAAGCCACUGAGACCAGUUCUUUCGAUAUUGUUAAGUAAACCCAGGAAAGUUAAAUAAUUUGCCUUUGGCCACAUAGCCAGCAUGUUUCAGAAAAGAUAUUUGAACCCAGGUCCUGUGACUCCAAAACUAGUGUUCUUCCUACUGCAUCACACUGCUUUGUAGAUCAUCCUGUCCAGAUAAAGAAACUAAUAGCCAAGAGAAAUUCACUGGCUUAUCCAAAGUCACUUAAUUAAGUCAUUUGUAAUAAAUAAUACCUAAGAUUUAAGCCUAGCUCUUAUAAUUACAGUUCCAGUGCCCUUUCUACUUCACUGUUUGCCAUAGAUAACUCCUGCUAAAUAAUUUGGGGCUGUUUAUAUUAAAAUCAUGGCACAUUAUUGGCAUUUUGUACAAUGUAUUUGAAAAAAUCACUAAACUUGGAAUCAUAAGAGACUGUUUAUAUUGAACUUAGUUGUAUGAUCAUAAACAAAUUACUUAACCUCUCUGAGCCUGUUUUCUCCUCCAUGGUAGCUUCAGUACUUACUUAUAGCAUUAUUAUGAGGCUCAUUUGAAAUAAUGUGUGUGUGUAUAUAUGUGUGUGUGUGUGUGUGUGUGUGUGUGUGUGUGUGUGUGUGUGUGUGUGUGUGUGUGUGUAUGGCUUUGCAAACUUUAAAGCUCUCUAUAAAAUUAAAUGCCUUUAAUACUUUUCCUCAUAGCUAAGCUCAAGCCACAUCUGAAAUUUGUUUGUGUCAUCUGUUUUAUACCUUUUUUUACUAUCAAACUUAAAUGCUGAUAUUCUAGAAGGUAAAAAUAAUUUACAAAUGAAACUUCGUCUCUAGACUUGUGGUCUCCAAAGUUUUUGAUCAUGUACCUCGUCCGUAAAUUAGUUUUGAGCAUAUGCCCCGAAUAGGUGCGUAUUUACUUCUUAUAUGUGAACAACACAAAAAUAGACAAUUUAAAGGUUUUGUUAAAACAAGAGUGAGUUUUAUUUGAGAACAGUAAAAACAAAAUAUUUUUUUCAUGAUUAAAGAUGAUUAUUAAUGAUAUUUUAAUGAAUAUUAUGGAAUGUAUCUAAAUCUUUUUUUAAUUUUGACUUAUUAUGAUAGUGCUUCAAAAUUCUUGAUUAUAAUUUGUUUAUUUCAUCACUUGAUUUUAGUGACUGUCACAGCAAAAAGAAAAAAAGAUAUCUCUUAAAUAGAUCCAUAUGUAAGAGGUACACCAUUGGCUUGCAAAAUUAUAAUGCUUAUUUGUUGAUUCUAUCCAGUAGUUAUUCAAAGAUUUUUAUUCAAAUUCAAUCAGUAAUUUUCUCUAAUAUCAUUCAGUUCUUGUACACUAACCAGGUAUUUAUGUUUUGUGCAUAUUUUACAAAUAAAUUUAAAAUUCACUGAAA